CACCUGCAGUCUCGCUACCACGUCUCUGGUUACAACUCUAGAUGUUUGAAAUAUAUAUUUCGAUGCUUUGGAAACGCUAGAGAACUUUUGUACAAGGCUGGCGUCGAAUCGCUUGGUGGGAGUGGAAAACUGAAUGUUGAGCAUUGUAGAAAACGUUACUGGCAGCCAUGUCAAGCAUGUGUUGGACACUUCUUUAGUUUUUUGUUAGUGCAUCGUAUGUUCUGCGAGGUACGCGCUGUUGCCCCCACGUAACCUUCCUUGGCCAGUAGUGUUGCGUCCGAACUAGGGGAGUGGAACCGGCGGUGUGAGCACCUCCCUGGGGUCGGACACCCGGGCCAUGCAGGACGUACGACACGCGACUGUGGGGGAAACAGACACCGUCGGCAGUGUAAGUGGCCCAGCGGAACCCGCAAGUGAAGUUGAGGGCGGGGGACACCCACCUCCCCCGCCCUCGAUCAAGGACCUGCCGCCGCCCACAAAGGGAACUGUAGAGCCACCUGAGGCACCGGUCCAGGGAGCCAAGAUGCCCGCGAGUCCGCUCAUACCACCGCCGCCUCCGGACCCGACUCUGGGCGAAGUCUCCGGCGAGUCUCAUACUCCAGCCAAAUAUCCCGCGGUUGACCCUGCAGGUCAGCCUCAUGGCAAAAAGAAUGGCUCUGCGGGGCAGCCACAUACGGCAGUACAAGAGACGGUAACCUCAGAAAACCCUCAUUCGAACCCCAACCCAAGCCCUAAUCCAAACCCUAAGCCGAACCCAAACCCUAACCCUGGGCACCACAGGCCUGUUGCAGGACUCCAGCAACAGCCUUAUCGAGUCCAAAGCUCGGCUCAAGCCGCAGGUCCAGCCCCAGGGCAAGCCCAUGCCCAUGCCUCGCCCCCUGUAGGGCAGCAGAUUCCUUUACAGGGACCACCGCCUCCUCGCCAUGGCCUGCCGAUGAUGCCCCCUCGCCCAGGGCCUCCAAUGGCUCAACUUCCUCGCCAUGGGUCACCGCUAGUACACACGCCGCAUCACGUACCCCCCAUGGGAUUGCCGUCCCACCAUAGGCCUCCAAUGGGCCAGCCGCCCCCACCGUCUCCCGUGUUACGGGCCCAUCCGUUUGCCGAACCCACAGCAAGGCCGCCCCGCUUUCAGGAGCCCGUCGUUCGACAGCCGAGCUACCAGGUGCCAAGACCUGGUGGCUCUUCUUACCGCGGUGAGGCACAGAUUCUCUACCAGGAGGAAGUGCCACCCCAGUACCACGAAGAGAGGCUCUCUUACGUCGAGGAGGGGGCGUCCUUCCAGGGAGAAGGGAUGUAUGGGGAGAAGGGCGCGGUUUACGUCGAGGAGGGAGGGUCGCUCACGGAAGAGAGUCCGACGCAGGUCCCAGGCCAGGCGCGACACCCCCGUCGCCAGCCAGGAACUUUGCGUAUAUCCAAAUGGGUGAACCCUAUCCCCGAUGACCCCGAGGACGGUAAGUGUUGCCCUGUGUUAGUUUGCUUUGUUUAA